AUGACAAAGAGGAACAACGAAGGCAACCAACUUGGGCCAGCGCGCACCAGCCUAGCCCCUCAGACUCCUGCUUCUGCUGUGGUCCCCAGGCCCCCCAACCUAGCCACGAUGCCCGAGCCCAAGACCAAGGCUGAAGCGCUCAAUCUUGGGAAGCUCUACAAGGAGCGGGCCGCGAGAAACCACGCAAAAGCUGUGAAAUUCGCUCAAUAUCGGGAUGCCGAUCUCGCUGCCGCCGCCAAAUACAGCAUGAUGGCCGAAGAUUUGCUAGAUUUCGAGGCUGAGCUUGAUAAACUCUACAAGAAGGCCCAAGCGAAAUUUGCUGAGGAGAGUGGAGGCCCGGCCCUUGCGCCGUAA